AUGGCCCCGGCGCCGCCUCCCCCAGACGCCGCCUCUGCUGCUGGCAUCCCGGCGGGCUAUGGCCGUUCGUGCACCAACUGCUCGCGCGCCAAGUGUCGGUGCAUCCUGAGGCCAGAGGGCGGCAAAUGCGACCGCUGCCAUCGCCUGGGCAAAGAGUGCCAGCAGAUGGUGACAUCGCGCAAGCGGGUGGCCAAGAGGACCACCGCCUCGAGGACCGCCCAGCUGGAGGAGAAGCUCGACGACCUGGUGUCGAUUCUGAGGGCGACACAGCAGCAGCAGCAACAACAGCACCAGCAUCAUCCGCAUCCGCAUUCACAGCAGGCACAGCAGGCUCAUCAUGUCAACCAUUUGCAGCAGGCUCAGCAGCCGUCGUCUUCGCAGCCAUCCAUCAACGGCGUGUCCAACUGCGACAUCCCUUCGUCGUCCUCAACCUCGCCCAACUGCCAGCCCUAUGUAAGCCGGCUCGACUCGUUGGCCGACGCAGCAACGACAUCGCAUCCACGCUCCUCGAGCAUCCUGAGUCUGACGCCCCGACCGCUGGAUAGCGAUAGACUCCCAGAGCCAACUCCUAGCGAAGCUGAAGUCUAUCUGGUCAAGUUUCGCCAAUGGCUCGAGUACUUCCCCUUCAUACACCUGGACCCCGACCUCACGGCCGAAGCUCUACAUAGAGAACGUCCUUUUCUCUGGCUCUGCAUCAUGAAUGUCACAAGCAUGUCCAUGACGCAGCAGGCCGUCAUGCGAGAGAGAGUGCGCCAGGAAAUUGCACAGCGAAUGAUUAUCAAUCACGAUCGGAGCCUAGAGAUCGUGCAGGGUUUGAUCACUCUGAUGUCUUGCUGCAUCAUCUACGAGACGAACCUCACAAAAUUCCCCAACGAAGAGCAGUUUUCGACUGUCUGUUUCAAGGCUUGGGGAGGCAGGGCUGCCCCUCAAGCUAAGGAGCGGACAAUGGAAGAGCGGAGGAUGGUGCUUAGCUUUUGGUAUAUCACAUCAAUAUGUGCGGCUUUUCUCGGUAAGGCGGAGUCAUUGGUAUGGACGCAGCACAUGCAAGAAUCGUUGGAAGUUCUCGAGAGCGAAAAGGAGUACCCAUCAGACGAGAACUUGGUGGCAAUGGUGAAGCUUCAGUUGAUUGGAGAGGAAGCGCGAAAACUCCUAGUAUGCGACUUUGUCGGACGUGAUUUUGGCAGAGUCGACCCCGACAAGCCCCCCACAUACGUCUACAAGAGAAGUCUACUCCUCCAGUUACAAAAGAUUCGUGAUACUCUACCGCAGGGAGUAGCAUCCAAACCCGUGAUACAAAUGCAGCUCUACAGCACUGAAACCCAGGUCCACUCCAUUGGGCUCUUUGGGGCACCGAGAAUUCCAGAUACACCGCGAAUCGACGCCAUGUAUGCGGGCAUCAUGGCAGCCCGGGCCUGGUAUGACGUUUUGUUUGCCAUUCCGCUUGCAGAGUUCAUUGGCAUGCCGUUUACCCUCUACGUGGAGCUUGCCCAAAUUCACGCUUUGCUAUACAGAGUCACGACCCUGGAUGAUCCUGCCUGGGACAAGGAGAUUGUCCGUAGCACGGCAGAUCUAGGUAACUACCUGGACAGGACCAUUGACCUGUUUACAAAGGCGGAUGCACUUUACCCCCUGAGAGGUGGACCCGAGGAUAUAUCCAUCUUUGGGAAGUGCACAAAGGUGCUUCGCAAUGUGCGCUCUAACUGGGAGCCAGCCAUAGUGCAGCAACCUAUGGGAGGGCUCCCGACGCCCAACAGUUCCGUUAUCCCGGGAGCGGCGCCGCAGCCUCCUUUAUUGGUGGACCACUCUAUGCUACCUGACCAAGACCUCUCGGCCGAUUUUGGUGACAUUAACUGGAUGACACAGGUGUUUGGACCGUGGGAGUUCUAA